AUGGUCGCCAAUAAUACAACGAACCCUUACACCAACGCAUUCCUGACAAAACGUCCCAAGGAUGGUAUCGAAAUUGUUCAGGAGCGGCUUCGACAGUCGAUAAUGUUGGACGAAGAAUUAUCCCAGUAUUUUAGAGAAAGAGCGCUUAUUGAAGAUCAGUACGCCAAGAGCCUGGUCAAGGCGUCGAAGCGGCUGUUUGUUACGGAUAAAUCGAGCUUAGGCAAUUUUACUCCGAUUUGGGAAUGCCUUUUUAAUGAGUUUACAGAAAUAUCCACCGCCCAUGCCAUUCUCGCUCACCAAAUCGCGGAAGAAAUUGAAAAACCACUGAAAACUUCUGCGUCGCCGGCUCAUGAAAAGAUCAAAGAGCUGGAGCCCGGUUUCGCUCGGCUGGCAAAGGACUCCGAAGGUGCUAAAAAGAAUAAAACUCUAUUCAAGCGAUCGAAAUCCCAUUCCGACACUUCAUUUCCUACAUGGCAGGUGGACGGUCCUAAUUUUUUAGAGACAGUGGAAGAAGCACGCUUACAGCGAUUAAAGACCCUGGUGGAAAAAUUUGAGCAGCUCCAGAUGGAUCAAAUGCUGAAACGAAUGGAGAUCGCCAAUGUCACACAAUCAACUGCCACAGCAUUGGAUGUCCAAACCGAGAUUAAUGAUUUCUGUGCCAGCCGUGGCAAACAAUUGAGCACUAUCCCACCCUCCACAUCGCAAGAAACGCCCUCCAGUUCACCUUCCUCUUCCAAUCGCGCACGACCACAAAGCACAACCGUUAGUUCAAUGAGCAGCAAUCCUUCCAUGAAAUCAGUAUUUUCCAUACGUCGAAAAGCGAAACACGCUGAUUCGGCACCAGCGCAGCAAAACUCCUUUACCAUGAUUGACGAAGAACCAGAACACGAGCAAGAUCAGUCACACUCCACCCCUCCAAUGUCUCGGGGAUCGCCAGAGAGCACGCGACAAGCGAGUCAUGCUUCGGGGCAACAGAAUCCUCCCCUCGAACGAGAACGCAGUAAACAGAGCUUGACUUCAUGGUUCGAAGUGAACAAUACAAACGGCAGCUCGGGACAGCCUUCCGUAUCCACCCUGACUCAACAAGCUCAGUCACCCCAGGUGGAUGAAGAAGGAUUUUCCGUUCCUCCUCCAGAUCCUCAUCGAGGGCUAUAUUCCAGCAGCGGCGCGCUGUUUACCCAAGAGCCUGAAGAAUUGGAUGGCGAUAGUCACAGCAGUACCACAGGACACCGAUUCAAGGUCGAUAUUCAAAACCAACCUGUUCAUCAUGAAGAGGAUAAUCGUGUAGCGACCGAAAUCAUGACAAGAAUGGCUUCCUUGUUGAGAGAGAAAAAUCAAAGCAUUUCCAGACGUCCACGCGGUCGACGAGAACAUUUGCGUUCCUCUCAAGCAGAACCCAACAAGUUGUUCCUGUCAUCGUCACCGUCAGCAACUCCUUUUGACAGUUCCGAAGCGAUUCAUUCAGGUUCGAACGUGUCUGCUUCUACCGCCGAAUCCACUCGUACCAAUCCGUUCCACCAGAGCUCGCUUGAAGUCUCGACCCCAACCAGCGCCAACUCGGUAUCAUCGUCGGCAUCAAGGAGCCCAUCCUUAGCCACCGACAUUCCUUGGCAAUUACGACCUAUUCCCGAAGUAACGCAACCUCAAGCGUACGCUAGCAUCAUCGAGACCCUUGAUAAAAAGGACAAUGACGUGUUCUAUGUAACUGGCGUAAUUAAACUUGCAUACAAUGGAUCUUCAACACCCAUGUCGCCUCUUUUGAUCCGUAUCCAGAACUACGACACUAUCAAAGAUUUGCAACCGAAUAGAGACUGCGUCGAACCAUUGAAUGAUGAAAAGGAUGUAUUUGCGUUGAAGGCCGAAGCAUUUGAUGGAACCCGAGGCACGGCAAUGGAAUGUUUCACCUAUCAUUUGGAGAUCACUGGUGAUGGAAACGAUAUUCUUCCUGUCCAUGCGUCACCACUGUGGAAAUGCGCGGAAAAUGCCUCGUAUCUGAUGUUGCGGUACCAAGUAACAGAUAUGUUCGACGCAUGCAAGGGCCACGUAGCUCUGUCGGUGCCAUACGACCAAGUGCCGGUGGAAGCGGUUCAAAGCUCACCACAAGGUUUAUGGGAUACUACAAAGAAGCGACUGACAUGGACCCAUGAAGCUCUAUCGGAACAUCGACAGACAACCUCGACAGCCGAUGUAAAGGGAUGGCCACGUUUGCUGGCCAAGUUUCUCACCACCGGUGUGGGGCAGGCACAACCGGUCAUGUUGAAAUACUUUUGCAAAGACACGUUGGCCAGCACCAUUGCCGUAGAAGCUGUUCCUGCGUUUGAUUGCCAAUUGGAAGUCAAGCAAAUCCACAAAGCCCUGAAAUCCGGAACCAUCCUGUUUUCUUGA